AUGACAAGAUUAAAUAAUUUUAUAUUUUCAGAUUUAUUAAUAUUUCUUUUAAAAGAUUUAAAUAUUAAAGAAAUUCUUAAUUAUUCAUUAAUAUCAAAACAAACAUUUAAAAUAAUACAAAAUAUUUUAACAUUUAAUAGUAAAGAAAUAAAUUUGAUCAUAUCAUAUGAAUCAUUUAUAUCAUAUAUUUUUAAUGAUAAUCAUUACGAAAAUAAUAAUAAUAAUAAUAAUGAUAGUAUUAAAUUAAUAAAUUAUAAAAAUAUUGAAUAUAUUAUAUGUAAAACUGAAAAAGAUCAAAUUUACCCAAUUCUACCAACAGAAAUCAAAGAAAAAUGUAAAAAUUUAAAAAGAAUUCAUUUUAUGAAUCUAAUAGAUUCAAUGUACUAUACUGGAUCAAUUUAUUCAAAUUCCCAUGUACACGAACAACAUAAACCAAUUCAAUAUAGUUUUGAAAGAGUAAGAUUAAUGUGGGAACUUGGACAUCGUCCUGGUCCUCCAAUAUCAAAUAAAAAAGAAUUAUCAGAGUAUAGUUAUGAACAACAUCAAAUCUAUCAAUAUUCAUUUCAAAUUCUUCAGCAUUAUAAACCAACCAAAAUGUAUUUAAUUUCAAAUGAUGAUGAUUAUGGUUUUGAUUUAUUAAGAAUUAAUAAUAUACUAAAUGAAAGUUCAUCAUCAUCAUCAUCCUCCUCCUCCUCUUCUUCUUUUACUGGUAAUUAUAAUCAAAAUAAUUUACCAUUUUCAACAAAGACAAUUAAAUUUUCAAAUCAAAAUACACCAUGUUCAUUUAUUAAAUGUUUAUUAGACAAUUCAGAAAAUAAUUAUGAUAAUAUUAAAUCAAUUAGUAUUAGAUUAUGUAAUGUUGAUGAAGAAGAUACUAAAAUUAAAGAUGAACCAAUUUCUAAUCAACUAUUUUUAAAAACAUUUUCAAAUUUAUCAAAAAACAAAUCAAUAAAAAGAUUAUUAUUUUAUCCAAGACUUCCAGAACCUGAUGAAAAGGAAAUUGAUUUCUUGGAAAACCUAAUCCAUUGUUUAAAAGGUAAUAAACAUAUCAAUACUUUAGGUUUAGUAAAUUAUAACAUUGAAAAUGAUAAUGAUUUAUCAAUAUUAAAUCAAUUAAUUGAUACAACAUCAUUUCCAAUUAUAAAUACACUAUAUUGUAAUAGUGAAUCAAUAGAGAAAAUUUCAUUACAUUUAAAUAGAAAUGAAAAUAUAAAUACUUUAAAAAUUCAUAUUUCAAAUUAUAUCCCUUUUAAAGAAUUUGAAAACUUUUUAAUUUCAAAUCAAUCAAAACAUUUAAAAACUAUAAAAAUAUUAUACAAUUGUUAUUUUUCAUUUGAAAAAGAAAUUGACCAAUUCAAAGAAAUAUUCUUAAAAAAUAAUAAAAAUUUAAAUUUAAAAAAUUUAUUCUUAAGAAAAAAUUAA